CUACCGAGGUGGAGGGACGAUGCCACCGUCUCGUAAUAACGGACAGUGCACGAACAGACCGCGUCAUCGAAAUUAAGAAUAUAAACCGUUAUUGAAACAGAUUGGGGAGAAAAUAAAGGGAAAGACAGUUUAUGCAAUUAAAAAAGAUCUCUUCUCCGAAAGAAAGGAAAAUACUUAAAACUGUAGGAACUCCCUGGCUCACAUCCACAAAAGUGAUUCUGUCAUAAUGAAGAAGAGCAAUCUAGCCAAACGGGGUCCUCAAGAUGUCAACCAGCUGUCAUCGCAGCCAGACAAAGUAGGCUGGAUCCGCAAGUUCUGUGGCAAAGGGAUUUUCAGGGAAAUAUGGAAAAACCGUUUUGUGAUACUGAGAGGAGACCAUCUGUACAUCUCUGAGAAAGAGGUGAAGGAUGAGAGGAAGGUCCAGGAGUUGUUUGACCUGGCUGACUACGAACGCUCUGAGGAGCUGCGCAAGGCCAAGAGUCGCAGUAAGAAGAACCACAGCAGGUUCACCCUGCUUCGCUGCAAGCAACCUGGGAAUAUGGUGCCCAAUCUUGUGUUUUUGGCCGUUAGCCCCGAGGAGAAGGAGUCGUGGGUCAAUGCCCUCAAUACAGCCAUCAUCAAAGCCAAGAACCGCAUUUUUGACGAGGUCACAAUUGAAGAGGACAGUGUCCUGGUGCACCCUACACGUGAUCGUGUCAAGAUUCCCCAUGCACGGCGCUUGCCCACCCGGGGACACCUCAUGGCUGUGGCAUCCACCUCUUCAGACGGAAUGUUGACCCUUGACCUUGUCCACGAGGAAAAUGGCUCCACCCCAAAUGAUGAGGAAGAAGGCUUCUGGGAAAAUAACUUCCGGGUUGACCUAGACAAACGGACCACAGGUCGUCAGCGUUCUGGCACAGAUGUCUCCAAACUCUGUGUCACCACAAGGGACCCAAGGGUACCCAAGACGGGCAGCCUGCCCCGCGGGAGCGAGCUCUCCUGGGGCCAGGCGCACCAUCUUGAGGCUCAAUCCCACACCCCUCAACCAGGGAAGAGGUUCAGUGCCCAGGGUAGGAGCCGCUGUGCCUCCAUGGACGAGGUCCUUUCCUCACGGCCAGUCAGAGGUGUCCUUCGCCCUCGCCACACAGAUGAACCUGUCCAGCCUGUUGGACAACUGCAGAGUCUUAUCGCCCAGAAAAUGCAGAGGGCUCAGGAACUGCUGGAAGAAAUGCGAUUGGAGGAACUGCAACAUGCAAAGGGAAUUGACUCGCCCUAUCUGAAGGGCAUUGACUCGCCUCGCUUGCACCAUCUGAGAGGGUCUGAGUCUCCUCACUCCAGGGCCUCAGGCUCACCUCGCAGUAAGAAUAGUGACUCCCCACGUUUGAGGGUAAAAGACUCACCUCGUUUGAAGGGGAAAGACUCGCCUCGUAUGAAGGGCAAGAAGUCCCGCUCAAAAUGUACAGACUCACCCCAUUCAAAGAGUGAUGACUCUCCUAAUUUGAGGGGUAAGGACUCUCCCCGUCUCAGGGUUACUGACUCUCCCCGUCUCAGGGCUGCUGAUUCUUCCCGUUUCAUGGAAACACACUCGCCAAGUCUGAAGGGUUCUGAAUCCCCACGUCUCAAGAACAUUGGUUCACCGUUUUCAAAAAGUUUUGACUCAUCUAGUCUGAAGGAUUCUGUCUCGCCUCGCAUCAAGGAUACUGAUUCUCCUGUUCUGAGGGGUAAGGACUCGCUAAAUAUAAUUGGCAAGAAUUCUCAGAGUCUGAAGAGUAUCGGCUCAACUUGUCCGAAGGGUGCUGACUCGCCCCGUCUGAAGGGUGCUGACUCUCCCCGUCUGAAGGGUGCUGACCCGCUCCGUCUGAAAGGUAAUGACUCGCCCCAUAGUAAGAGUGCACACUCACUUAUCAGUGACUGUGAUUUGGAGAGUAGACGGGCGGAGGCGGAGCGUCUUCUGCAGGAAGCCGUCUCCUCCUGGCGUCAGGCUAAGGAGGUGCUGGAGGAGGUGAAGGAGCUGCAGACGCAGUCACUAAACCGCCGCUCCGAAAAGAAAACAAUGGAGAGGCCCCCAACACCGCCACAGGACUAUAGGCUGGGGGACCAGUGACUCUGUCGCCAACACAGCUGAAAAGGACUAUAGGCUGGGGGACCAGUGACUCUGUCGCCAACACAGCUGAAAAGGACUAUAGGCUGGGGGACCAGUGACUCUAUCGCCAACACAGCUGAAAAGCAUGCUGGCUUCUCUCCAAACAAAGACAAUAAGAAAGAGCACUAGGGGCAUGGAGUACCUUCAGUAAAUGUUCUGUUUUUGUUGUCAUUGCUUGCCAGUGUUGAAGCACAAAGCUUUUAGGCUUUACUGCUCAUUUUACACUGUUCUAUCUUGAUCCUUGUUUCCAUACCGUAUACUAGUCAAAUUAAGCUGAGCAAGUCAUGACAGAAUUAUUUUAUUAGCACGGCUGUUUCCUUGCUGGUGUGAAUAGGUUAGAUGGACCUUGACCUCAUAAUAUGAUUCUGGGCAUUCGUUUUUGUUCCCUUUGUCAAAGGCUCUGUGGUCCACUCUGUGGAUGGAGGGAUGGGCGUCUGGGCUGUGGAAGCAGAGCAGAACUUAAUCCUGGUUUGUGGAUGGGGGGUGACUCAGACUGAGAGGCAUAAACAAGGCUAGAGUGGGGGUGCCCGGCCUCGGUGACACUGACACCCCCAAGGAAAGUCAUGCUGUUCAUGUAUUUACAUGUAUUAUCCGCCAGAGGUCGAUUAGGUUUCAUUGCAAAAUGCUUUACACUGUAAAUAGAAGUAUGAAAUGUUUUUUCAUAAUGGACAAAUGGAAUGAGAAUGUUUGCGUGGAAACAUUGUCUGAGGAGCAUUAUUUCAGUCUGAAAUGCAUACAUGGAGAAGAUGCCUGGGAUUUCUCUCUUUCGGUUAGCUUCAGUUAUUGACAACUGUGCAGUCCAGCCCAAUGACCUUGAAAAGCGACAAGAUUUCCCCCAGUCAGAAACCUAGUAUUGUAGUUGUUGGUCUUCUCAGAGACCGAAUGCAAAAGGCGAUCUUUCUCUUACUCUGAGCGCGUUAUGUCCUCUUUCCCUCUGUGUGAGGGAGCAAUAGUAUUCCAGGGACAGAUUCAAGAUGUUAACAUCCUGCAAUCAAACUGAUUCAUUUGCCAAGCUGGAUUCCUGACAUGUAUAGCUAAAACUCACAGACCACUUUGAUUGCCAGGAUAUCAAGUGACUGCUUCGCGUUAUUAAAUGCACUUCUAUUUUCGGGUCAUGUAGCAUGGUCUCUUGCUUGUGCUCAGAAUUCCUCGGUUGGUUCGGUUAAUUGGGGUUCUGUGGUCUACCAAAGCCUGCGUGUGCGGAAGCCAGCAAGAGAAGAUGCUCGUUAACUCUGAUCAGCUUCCGAGGAGAAAUGCUAUAAUGGGAUUAUAAUCGCAGGCGUCAUGUUGGGUCUCUGUAGUGUUUGUUGCACUUCUAAUCAGGUGGGAAGAUGAUUUUAACAGUUCUUCUGUCUCUCUUCCAAAAGGUGCACAGGUUAAUCUCACAACAAGAGGAUCAAUGAUUUAAUGAGAGAGAGAUGAUGAAAGCUUCUGAAAGGUUUUCAGAGCACAAAGAUGUUACAUUUGGAGAUUUGAAGAUGGGUUAGUUGCACUGCACUAUUUCAUACCAAAAUAGGGUGGAAAUCAAUGUUUUUAGUGUCAUGUCCUGGUUUAGUCACAUGGUCAGUAUUUUCCGCCAUGUCAUUGGCUGACUGCCAAAAUGUGAUUCAUAGGUCACUGAGUUGAUAUUAACAUGCACAGUGCAUCUAGGACAGGACAAACAUCGCUCCAUUACACCAGGCUCACCUCACAUACGGUUACAAUCACUCAUGUGUGAUUGCGGUUUAUCAGUUUAUUUGAUUAUGUGUGUCCCUUAAGCAGCAAUUAUGGCUUUGGUGCACAUGACAACAUGUAAUACAGUAGGCCUAAUGUUGAUAACGAAAGAGAUCUCUACCACUGCUUUGUAAUCUGAACUAAGCCAAAGACCAGCAUAUAGCAACUCUGCCAGAAAGAGGUGAAAAGUGGUUAAAAUGUCUCAAGCAAUCUACAUAAAUAGAUUUUAUUUACAGCAAUUGAUAAAUUACUAAUGUAUGCAUAAGUUAAAUAAAUAAUUUACACCAAA